GUGGAGGAAUCGCAGCGCCUGACGUGUCAGCCGUGGAGCCGUCGAGCUCUUCGGCGCGCCCAGCUCAGAGAUCGGCUUUGUCAUUCGCUGGCCUUCCAGGGGCUGCGGCGGGCAGUGAAAUGGCAGCGAGGGAUCAGAUGCUCGAACAGAUACAAGCCUAUCAGACCAAUCAGGCGAGGGUAUCUGACCAACCAACACACUCACUCAUUCACUUACUCAGUGCAUCCAUCGCUCAUCGGUUGCCUGCUUGUGUUGGGUUGUGUUGGGUUGUCUGUGUGUGCAGGUCAACAGGCGCAUCUGCCGACUCUCUCAAGUGGACGCCGCUGCGACCACGCCGCUGGUGCGGCCAGACUGCCACAUACAAGGACUACACCAAGGCCUUUGUGUCCUGAUGCUCUCGUGUUCCUUAUUCAUUCAUCCGUUCAUCAGAUGGUGGCGAAGGUCAGUCGUCAACUGUCCGCUGAAUCGGCCCGUCUGGCCCAGCUGGCGGACGGCAUCGACUCGACCAUCGCACUCACAGCACACACACACACACACACACGCACACACACACACACGCACACACACGGCCGCAGGUGUGUCUUUUUGCAUGUCAUCAGGCUCGACGAUUGCACGUGACUGACAUACCUCCUGAGCCGAUGAGUAUCGUCCUGGCACUGUCCGACACCGCCGCCGUCGGCCGCUCCAAGGCGACUUCACGCCACUUCAGAGACGCCCUGCGGCCGAUCAUCCGCAAUAUUCGGCUGCGGCAGGCCAUCGAGUGUGCGGGGUUUGGGCGGUGUAGUGGAGUUCGGCGCUGAGGUGAGCCACGGCGAUGUUAUGAAGGCCAUGUGGAUGCUGGAGGAGGCGGGCGAGGGCGGGUGGGGUUGGCGGACACACUCAGACUCUCUGAGCAUAUCGGCUAUUGUCAGCUGCCCGUCACUGUCGGCACUGGAGACCUGCAGACACACGCCAUCAAGACGGUAAGCACGACACACAGCGGGAGGCAGCAAUGAGGGAAUGGCUGUUUGUGUUUGUGUGCGUCUGUUGGAUGCAGGAGUGACUGCGUACGAGUAGCCAGCAGUGAGGGAGGGAAGGGUAGUCUUCUGUCAUGGAUGGCUGGAUGGAUGGACUGCGGUGAUUGCGAUGGAUGGAUGGAUGGAGGCCUGAUAAGGGGCAGGGCUGUGCGUGGUGCGUUUGGACCAUUCCAUCUUCAUAUUUUGAAUGUAUGUAUCUGAGGUAUUACGCCUUCACCAUUGUACCA